GGGGAUCAGCUGGGAUGAAGAGCAGUGGGACAGCACAGAUCAAUCAGUGAGCAGAAGCGAUCGGACUACAGUGAGGCACACAGUUGAUGAGCUCUUAGGGGCCAGCACAUUUCUCUGAUUGUUGGGGACCCCACCAUUCAACAGCCAGGAUGGCUCGGGAUAUGUCAGAUAAGGAAAUCUUGAAAAUGGAGCUAGACCAGUUGAAGAAGGAAGUUAGCACACCUAGGACACCAGUAAAUGCAAACUGUACAGACACAAUUGCUUACGUGGAGGGACUGGCCCCGAAUGAUCCGCUGAUUAAGGGCGUUUCCGAUGACAAGAACCCUUACAAGGGAGACAAGGGCGGCUGCAUAAUAACAUAGCACAUAGAAAUCCAAGGAAAAGUCACACAGUUUUUUAUGAGAGUUGGUUGCAUUGCUGUGAUAUUCCUGUAGCCGUUGUGGAUAAAAUGUACAGUAGAAAGAAAACUGAAAUCUGUAAUGGAUAAUUCUAUCACUGGAUUUCUGUAUGCACAUGUGGAUAUUCUUUGUCAAUUUAUAAUUAAAUCCAAAUAGCUGUGCAAAGCUUCAACCUGA